CUGCUUCAAGCGCUCACUUUGACUUUCGUCUAUGUACUCGUUGGCCGCUUUGUUGGCUUUCUGAGCAGUUUUUCAUUGAUCACACAAUCGAAUAAAAAUGAAGCUGUUUUCAUUACAAAUACUUUACAAAACUGACACAUCAGCCAAAUUAUUACAGGCUUCACAUGACCUGUCAAACUUUGGUUAUUUUCAACGAUCCAGUGUUAGAGAGUUUAUGGAUUUCACUGCUAAACUAGUUGGUGAAAGAACAGCUCGUUGUCAACGUAGAUUGAUCAAAGAGCAAGAUUACAUAUGUCAUGUUUAUGUUCGACAUGACAAUCUUUGUGGUGUUUUGAUCUGUGAUCAGGAGUAUCCUCAAACGGUAGCUCAAACUUUGUUAACAAAAGCUACCGAGGAUUUCGCAUUACAGUAUUCUGCUGCUACUUGGACAAGUAUGGCUGAUGGGUCUGGUUCAUGUAAAAAGAUCGAUGAAUAUCUGCAAAAGUAUCAGAACCCUAGCCAAGCAGAUGGUUUAAUGCGACUUCAAAAUGAAUUGGAUGAAACUAAAGUUAUCUUACAUAAUACAUUAGAGUCACUCUUGUCCAGAGGCGAAAAACUUGAUGAUUUGGUUGAACGAUCCGAAGGUCUUAGUUUACAAUCAAAAAUGUUUUAUACUACAGCAAAGAAAACAAAUAAAUGCUGCGUUAUACUUUAAAUUCAUUAUUCUUCACUUAUCUCUAUCCUAUUUCUCCAUGGAAUCAGGUAAUUAAAUUGAUGACUAAAAAUACCUACAAGUUCCAUUUGAUUUCUUUCUUCAAUCUUUCAAAAAUAUAGAAUCAAUUACAUUGUCUAUAUACCUUGUUUUUAUUUACAUUUUACUAACUAAUCAGCUGAUCAUAUUUCUGCAUUAUUUGUCUUAAUCUCAUUAUUCGCUAUCUAUUAAUUAAUAAUACACCAAAUAACUCUGAUAUGUGUUCAGAUUUUAUUUUUCAGAAGUUAUCCAUUUCCGAUUAUAUAAUAUCUUAUUACAAGCUUCUAUUUUGCUCAACAUCUUACAUUAUUUAAACACUUUGUUGAUGAUUUGUUUCCAAUGUGAAUCAUUUUCGUCUGUAAGUUGCUGCCUACCAGUUAACUGUGAUGAUGAAUAUCAUCGUUAUGUUGUCAUUGUUGUAUGACUGAAUUCAUGUAGUUCUUUGUUGAUGUGUGUGAAUAGGUCUGUGCUACUAUUAUUAUGAUGAUGAAUAUUCCUCAUACCCUAAUAAUAAACACGAUAUUUGUCCGUGCAUAUGUACAUAUUCAUCACAGUUAUUCUUCCUGCUCAGUUAUAUUUCUCUGUUUGUAAUUUGUCAAUUUGAUGAAAAGAAUCUGUUUAAAUAUAAAAAUUAAAUAGCGUUGU